UGUUUUUUUUUAUUAUUCCGAUUGUUCCCAUGGAAGCUAGAUGAUAUAGACGAAAUGCACUUGUAUGAAAACACUGAGGGUUUGAAAAGAACCUUAUUCGCGUCGUUAAAUAGCGACCUUCUAGCGCUUGGUAGACCUAAAGUGGGUAGCUACAUGGCCAUAUUGCUGCAACAACAAAGUAAGUUCUUUCAGCGGCGUUCUAAAAACGGAACAUUUUCCUUGGCCACGCCGCCUGCUGCAGUUUUUUUUACCGGAAAACUCAUUGCCGAGAAUACGAUAAGACCGCCCAAUGCAAAUCGUGAACUCCUGCUGAAGACUUUCAUUGGACUGGCUGCUGUCCCCAACGGCGAGGAGUCUAAUCUACGCAAACCGACUGAUGGCGCCAGUGAAAUUAUUCGUGGGUUAGAUGGGAUUGGAGUGAUUCAUCUUGUCCUAGCCAAAUCAACGCCGACCCGAGAAGGAAGUGGGUAGAAGACACCAGAGCUCAGCAUUACCAACCGUUAAAGGCUUGUUUAAAUUUCUGGAUGCUGCGAGGAUUUUGAACAAAGCCAAAUUCGAGCCUGGCAGUCACACGGACAAGUCUGCCAAAGCAAAGCGCGCACUUAUUGCAGUUAACCGUGGCAAAUG